AUGGAUUAUUUGCGAACUAUGAUGGGUGCCCCUCAAGGGGGUGUUCAGCCCACGGGUGCUGAAACGGUGGAAAGACUAGUUGACAGAGCUCAGUCAUCUACUUUAUUAGAUGAUAGAAGAGAUGCUGUUCGUGGCCUUAAAUCACUUUCAAAGAAAUAUCGAUUGGAAGUUGGAACACAAGCCAUGGAUUGUCUGAUUAAAGUUUUAGAAGUAGACAGAGGUGAUGCUGAGAUAAUUGGUCUAGCUUUAGAUACAUUAUGUAAUGUGAUGUCUGAUGAACCAACAGAAGAGGAAGAGAGUAUACCAGAACAUUUACAGAAUGGAGAUCUUGGUGCUAAUUUUACUGAAAUUUAUAUUAAAGAUCCAGAACAUGUUUCUCUCUUACUCUCACUACUUGAGGAGUAUGAUUUUCAUGUAAGAUGGCCUACAGUUAAACUAUUAACAAUAUUACUAACUAAUAAAGGAAAAGGUAUACAAGACUGUAUAUUAGUUAGUCCUAUGGGUGUAUCAAAGUUAAUGGAUUUAUUAUCAGAUAGUCGAGAAAUCAUCAGAAACGAUGCUUUAUUACUAUUAAUACAACUAACUAAAGGUAACGCUAAUAUACAGAAGAUUGUAGCCUUUGAGAAUGCGUUUGAAAGAUUAUUAGAUAUCAUAUCAGAUGAAGGCAACAGUGAUGGGGGUAUUGUGGUAGAAGAUUGUUUAUUGUUAUUGUUAAAUUUAUUAAAGAAUAAUUCAUCUAACCAGAAUUUCUUUAAAGAAGGCAGCUAUAUACAUAGAAUUACACCUUAUUUUGACUUGAACUCUGACCCCCAGAGGUCACAGGGUGGUUGGUCAGCUCAGAAAGUUACCAAUCUACAUCUUAUGUUACAACUGGUAAGAACUAUGGUAUCACCAAACAAUGCUCAGCAACAAACAGCCUCUUGUCAGAGAGCUUUAAAUCAAUGUGGUUUACUACAGAAACUAUGUUCUAUAUUAAUGGCUAGUGGUGUACCAGCAGAUGUUUUAACUGAGACUAUAAAUACUGUAUCAGAAGCUAUCCGAGGUAAUCCACCAAAUCAAGAAUAUUUUGCAUCUGUUUUAGCUCCAUCCAAUCCUCCAAGACCAGCCAUUGUUGUUUUAUUAAUGUCUAUGGUGAAUGAAAAACAACCAUUUGUUUUACGUUGUGCUGUAUUAUAUUGUUUUCAAUCAUUUCUGUAUAAAAAUGAAGUAGGUCAGUCUCAGAUAGUACAGACUUUAUUACCUACCACUGCUGAUGUUAAUACUAUAACAGCAGGUCAGUUACUAUGUGGUGGUUUAUUUAGCAGUGAUUCGCUAUCAAAUUGGUUUGCAGCUGUAGCCAUGUUACAUGCUAUUUUAGAAAAUACUACACAGAAGGAACAGUUAUUACGUGUACAGUUAGCUACUAGUUUAGGAAAUCCCCCUGUAUCAUUAUUACAACAAUGUUGUAAUAUCUUAGCACAGGGUGGUAAAUUACAGACACGUAUUGGUUUAUUAAUGUUAAUGUGUGGUUGGUUAGUAGAUUGUCCUAUAGCUGUUACUCAUUUCUUAUCUAAUACUGCUAAUGUGCCUUUUUUAAUAUCUCAAGUUAUAGCUACAGAAAGUGAAGAACAAGAAUUAAUAGUACAAGGUUUAUGUACAUUUUUAAUAGGAAUAUGUUUAUUAUAUAAUGAUGAUCAGUCAGAAACAUUCACCAAGGUAUCAUUAAAACAAGUGAUAGAAGAUAGAAUUGGUUUAGAAAGAUUUACUGAUAAAUUAUCUCAGAUACUAAAAAAUGAAAGUUAUACACGAGCAGCCAAAAAACCUAAUUUACAUUAUAAACAAUCUAGUGAAGUUAUAUUUGAUUAUGCAUUUACAAGAAUAUUUAAAUCUUUAGAAAAUGAAGUAUUAAAGUGUAUAUCUAUAGAUGAAAAAUCACCAGAAUAUAAAAAGAAACUUGCCAGUUUAAAAGAACAUGAGAAUAUUGUAGAUCAAUAUAAAGAAUUGAUUAAAGAACAGGAUGCCAAACUGAGUGAAGCUAGAGCAGAAGUAACAACAUUACAUGCUAGACAUACAGAAUCAGCUAGACAAAUAGAAGAAUUACAAAAUACUGUACAACAAUUGAAAGACCAAAAUGCAUUAUUAAAAGUCCAAAAAGGUAAAAUUGAUUUCAAGAUUCAUUAG